AUGGCUUAUGAUGACUCCAAGAAGAAAGAAGAGUUCCUAGAGAGUGACCGAAGUGUUGAUGACGUGGGGCUGGCAACUGGCAGGAUACAGCGAGAGAAAAAGCGCUCUUACAAGGAUCUGCUGCAAGAGGAAGACGAGAUAGCAACUCAGGUCAGGAAGCCCUAGAGAAAAGGUUGAAGGUGUAAGAAUAUUGAGCUUUUUCCAGGGACAGAACCUCACAAAAAGAAGAGAAAGCACUCCUCGGAUGAGUUCUGCUACAGAGGUGUUUCACCUUUGGAUCUACCAUCAAAGAAGAAGAAAAAAGCAAUUUCUAGCCCAUCCUCAGCUGAUACAACCAUGGAUUUACUCAAGGCUAUCACUUCACCUUUGGCCACAAGCUCAAAGUCUUCAAAGAAGACCUCUGAAAAAUCGUCUUAUUCUUCCUCUGGCCAUUCUGAAAGCAAAAAGGAGCACCACAAGAAGAAGCUGAGUGGGAGCAGUGGGGAGCAUUCAGUGGAUGAUGGCAGCUUUCAUAAAUCUAAAAAAAUGAAACCUCUCUAUGUGAACACAGAGACACUUACUCUUCGUGAACCUGAUGGCUUGAAGAUGAAGCUCAUUCUUUCACCAAAAGAGAAAAGUAGUGCAGCAGAUGAUGAUUCUUUCUCCUACUCUUCAGCACCAGCAACUGCGAAGAAAUCUUCAAAGAAAUCAGCUCGAGAUGAGCAAGGCUCAUUUCUGCUGAGUCAUGAACUGCAGAGCUUCCUGAAGUCAUCCCGGAAGAAGCACAAACCACCUCCAGACCCACAUCCACCUUCUGAGAGUUUUGGUGCUGACACCUCCCUUUUUUCAGAAGGCCAUGGGAGCGAGUAUGAAAUUUCAGGUAUGGAGGCACCACCGGAAUCUGGUUCCUCUUCUGGUGGGGAGUUGGAGGCUGGAGAGCUAGUGAUAGAUGACUCCUACCGGGAAAUCAAGAAGAAGAAGAAGUCAAAAAAGAGUAAGAAAAAAAAAGACAAGGAGAAACACAGAGAGAAGAAGCACUCUAAGUCUAAAAAGAGUUCUGGGCAUGCUCCUGUGGCAGUAGCAGAAGUAACGGUGUCACCACCACCUCCUCCCAGUACUCCCUAUGUUCUUCCUCCACCUCCUCCUGCUGUUUUUCACUCAGAUGGUCAAGGUGAGAAGAGGAGGAAAAAGGAAGACAAGGAGAAGGACAAAGAAAGAGAACGAGAAAAACCAAAGAAGAAAAACAUGUCUGCCUAUCAAGUGUUCUGCAAGGAAUAUCGUACAACUAUAGUGUCUGAGCACCCUGGAAUAGAUUUUGGAGAGCUAAGUAAAAAACUGGCAGAAGUCUGGAAGCAACUACCUGAGAAGGAUAAACUGAUCUGGAAACAGAAAGCUCAGUAUCUCCAACACAAGCAGAAUAAAGCAGAGGCCACCACUGUGAAGAGAAAGGCAUCAUCUUCAGAUGGUGCACCAAAAAUAAAAGCUUCUCCAACAGGUGUGAUUUCCCCUCAUAAGAAAUCCCCCACCAGCACUGUGGUGGUGUCUUCCUCACCAGCUAAAGUCCCUGAGACAGAUCCUAUUGAUGUAGCUGCACACUUACAGUUGCUGGGUGAAUCUCUGAGCCUCAUUGGACACAGACUGCAGGAAACAGAGGGAAUGGUGGCUGUUUCAGGAAGUUUGUCAGUACUUCUGGAUUCAAUCAUCUGUGCUUUGGGCCCGUUAGCAUGUCUGACCACACAACUGCCUGAGUUGAAUGGCUGCCCUAAGCACGUUUUGUCAAACACACUAGACAACAUCGCCUACAUCAUGCCUGGACUUUGAUGGGAAAGGAUCCUGGGGUGUACUCAACCUCUGCGUAACUGACUUGUGUACAUCUGCACUACGCCGGCACUCUCGAAGGGCUCCGUGUGUAGGGUUUUACAAUUUUAUAUCUAUAUAGUAUAUACAUAGGA